UGAUGACCAUGCUGCUGCCUCCACAGCUGGGGUCCUGAGCGUGGGGGCCCUGAGAGUGGGGGGAGGAGGCCUGCAGCUCCAGUCCUAUCCCUGAGCGGAGGGUCAGCCAUGCGCUGCUCCACCCUCCUGGGCAUCCUGACCGGGGUCCUGCUCUACCUGAUCCUGGGGGCCGUGGUGUUCCGCACCCUGGAGCUCCCCCGCGAGGAGGGCCAGCACAUGCAGCUGCACGACACGCGACGCGCCUUCCUGGAGAACUACACCUGCGUCAGCCCUGACAUCCUGCAGGCCCUCAUAGAGGAGGUGGCCGAUGCGAUUGGUGCAGGCGUGGAUCCCAGCGCCAAUGAGACUUCCUUCAGCAGCCAAUGGGAUCUGGCCAGCGCCUUCUUCUUCUCUGGUACCAUCAUCACCACCAUCGGUUUUGGGAACAUCUCCCCAAAGACAGAAGGCGGGCAGCUGUUCUGCAUCUUCUACGCCCUGGUGGGGAUCCCUCUCUUUGGCUUCCUGCUGGCUGGCGUUGGAGACCACCUGGGGACUGGGCUCAGCAAAGCUGUGCUCAAAAUAGAGACUCUCUUCCUGAGGUGGAAGGUGAGCCCUACGAUUGUGAGGGUCAUCUCAGCCGUCUUGUCCAUCCUGUUGGGGUGCGUACUCUUCGUUGCCGUGCCGAUCAUGGUGUUUAAGGAAGUUGAGAAGUGGUCUUUCCUGGAGUCCGCCUACUUUGUGGUCAUCACCUUGACUACGGUGGGCUUCGGAGACUAUGUGGCAGGUGACAGUGGAGACAGGGGGAGUGACCACUGGUACAAGCCUCUGGUUUGGUUCUGGAUCCUUCUUGGUCUGGCCUACUUUGUUUCGGUGCUGACCAUGAUUGGGAACUGGAUCCGAGUGCUGUUCAAGAAGACCAGGGCUGAGAUGGAGGAGCUGCGUGCUCACGCCACCGACUGGACCCAGAACAUCCAGAACAUGUCUGUCGACUUCCGCAUCCCGGGAAAACUGGACGACCCCUUCAAGGGACGCAGGAGGAAGCGUCGCCAUGGCGGCCGCAAUCGCAGCCACGGGGGCGGUCAGAGCGUGUCCAUCACAGGUGCCCCUGGGGAGGGGGGCACGGCCAUGGAGAACGGCCAGCUGCCCCCGAGCCCGUCAGAAUCCGGGUCCUCAUCCUGCUCGUACUCCUACUCCUCCAACGAGUCUGAGUCCGGCUCCAGGACGGGGUCAGAGGUCACUCAGACUGAGCGCGUGCCUGAGGGGAAAAGUCAAGAGCUUGAUAAAGACUUUUUCCCCGACCAACUUUACUGCCAGCCUCUGGACUACUUCGGAGAGAACCUGGCUUUCAUCGACGAGUCUUCGGAUGCUUUGAGCGGAAAGCUGCACUUGGAUCCCCUGCUGGAUCCAGCGCAGCCUGGUUCUGUCCCUCGGAAGACUAAGAGAAGACGCCAUAGAAGGCCACUUCCACAGAAGAGCCCGAAGACCAGCCCUUCCAACCCAGGGAAGAAAGAACCAAACGGGGACAUAAAUCCUCCUUCGAAUCCACCACCUUCUCCACCAAGGCCUUAAUAGCUGGAGGAAGCCAAAGACUUAAACUUAUGGUUGAAUCACCAUAUUAAAAAAAAAUAUGAUUGAUAUAUCAAUCAACAGUCAGGGACUACACUCGUGGCAGCACAUCCUCUGGGCGAGCUCUGUGAUCCGUGUAAAAACUGGAAAUCAAGGUUUGUUAAGGUGUGUCAAUUGCUCGUUACGCCUGCUACUAAGGCACAACUCCAGAUGAAUCUAAAGGGUUCACAGACCUGGGAGUUGCAAGUGCGACAUCUUCACAGCUCGUGUUCGCCUGUCUGCUUCAGAGAUGGAGAUGAAUUGAUCCUAGUAAAUACCUGCAACUGAAAUCAAAUUUACUUUGCAUGUAAAAUGUCAUGGAAUGAAUUUUUAUGAUCACUCUAUGUUGGGAUCAUUAUACAUUUUAUUUUUUAUUAAUAUUCAUGCUCUGACAUGGGGACUUUAAUGCAAUGCAUCCAUGCCCACUGUGUGCCUUUCUGAGAAGCUUUCAGGCUCCAUCAGAUGAGAAGUCUUGUUCCUGUCAGUGUGUGGAACUCCCGGUGUCUGUUACUAACUCCAGGUUGGCACAGUUUGAAGGUCUGCUUGCUCUGUGUGUAUGCUUCACUUUGAACUGUUUCGAUUGAGAAUCACAUUAGUUCACUGCUAACUGUUAUAAGAAAUAUAAGCUUUUUUUGUGAAAAUAUAUCGAGGCAUGUAUUUCUGCAAAUGAAAACAAAU